UCAACUAUCACAGCACAGAUAUAAUGUGUUAAAUCCCAGCCUGCGUGGAGGCGCUGCGGUUUUUAGGACAGACCCUGGUGCCUCCUGGCUUUGGCUAAUGCUGCGCCCUUGGUUUAAUUUGCUUUUGCUUCCCCACCAGAACGAAGGAAGCUAAGGGUAUGGUUCAAGGCCGACUCCCUCCGGGCAGUCCUGGGCCGCCCAGCACUCACAUCCCCCACCUCCCCACACACAGAACGCGGCCCGCGCGUGCGAAGCUGGCGCCCUGGGGCGGGGAUUAAGUCUCCACCUCGUUUUCUUUCACGACUGCAUGCAACGUGGGGGCUGGAGCCAGGCCUUACGCCAGGCACGGAGCACAGGGCAAAGCACUCAAACCCUGCUACUGUGUAGUGUGUAUCUCCUUGUUGCACUUCCCAGACGGUGAACCUUCGUGAACAAGUUACAAAUCGGGUCCGCUUGCUGGACACAGUUACUGGGCUUUACACCUCCCACAAUUCUGUCCGCUGUCCUCGCGCCUUGGCGUGUCUUCCUCGCCGGGGUCGGAUCCACCCGCGACGGCUCGUCCCGCCCCCUCCUUGCAGACUUGCAGGGUUUCAGGAGUCCGCUGGGAGGCUUCUUCCAGAAGAGCAAGCCCAAGAGAGGAAUGGGGCGCAGGGCUCAGAGCUGAGAGCCCUUUCCUCAGCCAGAGGGGCUCGUCCCCUCGCCAAAUGUGGAAUGGGGUGCGCAGUCCCGCUGGGGAUUUUUGGAGAGGACGAAUUGGGGACUCAGCCCAAAGGUUUGGGAGGGCAGGGGACAGGCAACGAGCAGAGAGACUCGAGCUGACUUGAGUUGCCCGGGAGCGGAGGAGAAAACUGCAGUCUGGCAUGGCUCAGUCGACCCGUCCAAAGUCGCACGGCUGGUUCCGGCUGAGCCCCAACUUCGAGAGUGAGCCACAUGGCCCCUGCAGACCAGGCCUCAGAGGGUCCCAGGCUUGAGGACCCGGCGGCCCCCCACCCCCUUGGAAAGUGCCUUCCUGGCAUAGUCAUGGCGAAGCUGGAGACCCUGCCUGUGCGUGCUGAUCCAGGGCGGGAUCCCCUCCUGGCCUUUGCCCCCCGGCCCUCUGAGCUUGGACCCCCAGACCCCCGCCUGGCCAUGGGCAGUGUGGGCAGUGGGGUGGCCCAUGCCCAAGAGUUUGCCAUGAAGAGUGUGGGCACUCGAACAGGGGGUGGGGGCAGUCAGGGGAGUUUCCCUGGCCCCCGAGGCAGUGGCAGUGGGACCAGUAGGGAGAGGCCUGGCCGAUACCCCUCUGAGGACAAAACUCUCGCCAACUCUCUCUACCUCAAUGGCGAGCUUCGGGGCAGUGACCAUACAGAUGUCUGUGGCAAUGUGGUGGGCAGCAGUGGUGGCAGCAGCAGCAGCGGUGGCAGUGACAAAGCCCCACCACAGUAUCGUGAGCCCAGCCACCCACCCAAGCUCCUGGCCACCUCUGGCAAGCUAGAUCAGUGCUCAGAGCCACUAGUUCGGCCAUCGGCCUUCAAGCCUGUUGUACCCAAGAAUUUCCAUUCCAUGCAGAACUUGUGUCCCCCACAGACCAAUGGAACCCCUGAGGGACGACAGGGCCCUGGUGGCCUCAAGGGUGGACUGGACAAGUCUCGGACCAUGACCCCAGCGGGUGGGAGUGGGGGCGGCCUCUCAGACUCAGGCCGGAACUCACUCACAAGCCUGCCCACCUACAGCUCCAGCUACAGCCAACACUUGGCACCCCUGAGUGCUUCCACCAGCCACAUCAACCGAAUCGGCACUGCCAGCUAUGGUAGUGGCAGCAAUGGUGGGGGGUCAGGGUACCAGGACCUGGGGACCUCAGACAGUGGGCGGGCCUCCAGCAAGAGUGGGUCUUCGUUAUCCAUGGGGCGGCCAGGCCACCUGGGAUCUGGGGAGGGUGGGGGUGGAGGCCUGCCAUUUGCAGCCUGCUCACCACCCUCGCCCAGUACACUGAUCCAGGAGCUGGAGGAGCGGUUGUGGGAGAAGGAGCAGGAGGUGGCAGCUCUGCGGCGCAGCCUGGAGCAGAGUGAGGCGGCUGUGGCCCAGGUGCUGGAGGAGCGGCAGAAGGCGUGGGAGCGCGAGCUGGCCGAGCUUCGGCAGGGCUGCAGUGGGAAGUUGCAGCAGGUGGCUCGCCGUGCCCAGCGUGCCCAGCAGGGCCUGCAGUUGCAGGUGCUGCGGCUGCAGCAGGACAAGAAGCAGCUGCAGGAGGAGGCAGCCCGGCUGAUGCGGCAGCGGGAAGAGCUCGAGGACAAGGUGGCCGCUUGUCAGAAGGAGCAGGCCGACUUCCUGCCCCGGAUGGAGGAAACUAAGUGGGAGGUGUGCCAGAAGGCCGGCGAGAUUUCCCUCCUGAAACAGCAGUUGAAAGACUCACAAGCUGACGUGUCCCAAAAGCUGAGUGAGAUCGUGGGGCUGCGCUCCCAGCUGCGGGAGGGCCGGGCCUCACUUCGGGAGAAGGAAGAGCAGCUGCUCAGCCUGAGGGACUCCUUUGGCAGCAAACAGGCCAGCCUGGAGCUGGCUGAGGGUGAGCUGCCUGCCACCUGCCACAAGCCAGUGCUGACCCCUGUGGACCCAGCCGACCCACAGGAGGCACUGGCCACCUGCGAGAGCGAUGAGGCCAAGAUGCGUCGUCAGGCUGGGGUGGCUGCUGCUGCAUCCUUGGUUUCCAUGGAUGGGGAGGUGGAUGCUGGGGGCGAGAGUGGGACCAGGGCCCUGCGACGGGAGGUGGGUCGGCUGCAGGCUGAGCUGGCAGCCGAGCGGCGGGCCCGGGAGCGCCAGGGUGCCAGCUUUGCAGAGGAGCGCCGAGUGUGGCUGGAGGAGAAGGAGAAGGUCAUUGAGUACCAGAAGCAGCUGCAGCUGAGUUAUGUGGAGAUGUACCAGCGCAACCAGCAGCUGGAGCGGCGGCUGCGGGAGCGUGGGGCAGCAGGGGGUGCAAGCACACCUACCCCCCAACUUGGUGAGGAGAAGAAGGCCUGGACCCCUUCCCGCCUUGAGCGCAUCGAGUCCACAGAAAUCUGAUCCUCCACCUGAGCACUUGGCCCUCUGACAAGUGUCCUGUCUGAAGGCCAGAGUCUCCAGGAUCCCCUCUCUCCAUCUCCCCUCCCCAUGUUUCCCAGAUCCCCAGACCAAAGAGGUUCUCAAAGCAGCUGUAACCAGGCUCCUACCCACUCCAUACCCUCCCAGCUCCAGCACUGCCCAGGUGGGCAGUCACUUGCACUCUCCUCCAGAGGAGGGAUGUGGGAGGGCAGAUUGAGUGAGGAUGAAGGCCCAGAUAAUAAGGAGCAUGCUCCCCUUCUGGGCAGCCCCUUGUUGGAGAUGGAGGCGGCAGGUCUGCAGUGCAAGGUGCCGCAGCCCCUCAGGGGGUCUGGGCUGCUGCUGAUGGCCACUUGUGUCUAGUGAUGCUCUCUGUGCUCACCUCCUAGACCAUGGAGCCUGAGGGGGCCUGCAUGAGUCUGCCAAGGCCAACAGACCCUGGGUUCCUGGCCUUCUGGCCUCUCUCCUUCCUGUGGUGUUUUCCCUCCCUAGGCAGACUGGCAGGACAAGUGGGAACAGAUGGCCUGCCUGUGGUUGAGAGGGCUACCUGCCCAGCCCCUCCUCCGCAAGGUCUCUUAGGCUCAGGCCUCAGAGUCUGGCCUGGUCUUGAGUGUGUGUCCCUGUGCAUGUGUUGGGGGAGGGGAGGGCUGGGACUGGCAGCUCAGUGCCCAGGGAGAUCUGCCCUCCUGUUCUUGGAAAGGGUUACCUGGAGGCUUAAACCUUCACCCUUCUAGCCAAGAUCCCCCAGGGCAACCCCCCAGCUGCUUGGGUGACCCCACAUCCAGGGCCACUGGGUCUAACUACAGCUAUUAAGUGCUACCUGCCUCUCAGGCACUCCCCUUGUCCAGUUUCUGAGGUCAGAUAGGUGUCUGUGAUGUCUUCCUGUGUCUUCCCUCACUCACCUCCCCAGCCUUCUGCUUUCAUGCUCAGAACAUUAUCUUCCCAGGCUGCCUCUUCUCCAAAGUCUCACCUUUUUUUCCAGUAGAAAAUUCUGCUUGACCUUUGGUGCACUACCUGCUUCCCAGCUCCACUGGCCCAAGUCUGAGCCUGAGGCCCUUGUUUCAGGGGCCCAGGGAGGGUUGGAUGUGAUUGCCCUUGAGGAACAAGGCUGACCUGAGAGGGACACUCUGGUGUUCCUUGCCUAGGCUCUGAGUUGGCUCAGCAAUUUGUUCAGGGAGGCCUGACAGGGCCACCAGUAGGGGUUGGGACAGCCAAUGUCACUUCCUUCUCUGGGAGCCCUCUCAGAGCUUAUCUCCCCAAGACAAGAAGGGAAAUUUUAAGUUCCCUUCUAAGAAAGCAAAUUUAUAAUUCACCAGCAAUAAAAAUUGGAGGAGGCUUGGCCCUCAGCACUUGUAUUUCUCUUUUUCACUCUUCUGCCCCCAAUAUUGAGUUUGGGGGCAAGGUGGAGUGAACUGACAACUACUGUGAGCAAGUUCCCCCAACCCUGACCAGCCUCCUCCCAUGACUGGUGACUGUUUAAUGAGCUGUGCAUCCCCCACAAAAACAUGAGUGCCCUUCUGUGUGGCCUCUUAACUGCACAGCCCCUUCUGGGUAGUCCUCACCAGGUCUCUGAGCUGGAUGGGAGGCCAUCCUGACAACCACUGCCCAUUCCACUCACCCCUCACUGCACCUGUCCCAGAACCUGGGCCACAGGGGCUGGGAGAAGAGAGGGCAUUAGUAGAAAAAAA